CAGCCGAGGACGAGUUCUGAAAAUCGCGCUGCGCCCCGGUCUCAUGAACGCGCUGUACGGUGCCACGAGCAUGUGCUUAGCCUACGAGCCCCGGAUGGCCGCCCUGCCCAGAGCCGAGCCCCCCCGCAGGGGCACCGGCCCCCAGUACUUCACCUUCGACCCCCUGCCCGCGGUGAGCCAGACCCCUUCCCGCAGGAAUCCGGCCCGGGGCAGGAAACGACUGCGCAAAGUGCUCUACCCCCCCGUGGUGAAACGCUACUAUCCGGCCAAAGAGCGCAGCCAGGCCAAGCGUCUGCUUUUCAUCCUCCUCACCAUCGUCUUCUACCAAGUCUAUAAUGCUGACGAAGACCUGGCCCUGGGGCCUGAGCAGGGGGUCCGUGACUGCUCUGCGGAGAGCGGGAGCUCCCGUGUGGAGACCCCCCUCUCGGAAAUGCUCCCGACACCCCUGGAGGUCCCAGAGAUGGCCAAUGCUACCAGUUUGCACGGGGGCCAUGCGGCUGUUGAAUCCACCGUGGAAAUCAGCCAGUUCCUGGAGCAGAAUCCAGCUGCUUUCUGAGAUUCCCCACCCAGCGUUUCUCAGGCCAAGACACCUAAGGGGUCAACUGGGCUGGGCUCCAGCCACUCAUGGGUUAACCCCGCCUGGUCUUCGGCCAGCUCUUUCUGCUGCUGUCUCUGAACGAAGCCAGUGAAGAAUCUGGACGCCGCCGGACACUUGACGUCAAUAGCAACGUGAAACCUCUCCGCAGCUGUGAGCAGGGAAUUCCUGGCUCCAGCCAUGACUGAGACAUUGUGUGGCGGGGAGGGGUAUUACUGACAUAACUUAUUAAUAUCUAAUAUUUAUAUUAUUUAUACAUUUGUAAUUUAAAGAUAGUGUGCUAUUUAAUGAUCGAAGCCGGAACAUGCUGGCGAGGAAAACGCUGCUUUCAUCCAGGAUGGAAUAAAACCGUUAAAUGUCCUCAUCCGUUUAAACAGGGACAUGUAUCUUGCUCUUGUUCCUCUACGGGGACUUUUAAUUGAUGUUUGUUAGUGCCGUUACCCCGGGAGGAGAAACCCCGCUCUAAUGGGUAGCAAAGCAGCCGGAGGGAUAGCUGGCUGCAAAUCCCAGGGAGGUAUAAAACUGGAAAUGCUACUGGGCGGGGUAAAAAACUUUGAUGGCCAAAUGUGCUAGAAUUCAACGCUACAGUUCUCCAGGCGGAGGCCGGGCUGGGUUGCUCUGUGGCAAAACAGCCUCUGACCCUUGGGUCUCCCUUAAAGUAGCUACUUAAUAGGGGCACAGAACGAAGACAGCACUGGUGCAUUGGGCGGAGGGAGAAGUUUGGAGCCCGAAAAAUGAUUCGGGUGCUUUAAACCAGGAGCAAACAGGGAUUUUCCUGACCCUGGGAGGAGGAGAGAAGUCACGGGAAGAACACCCCGCGCUAAAGAGAGCGCGGACCCCUCCGCCCUUCCCUCUCGGACCCCCCCAGCUAUGUUUACGCCCGGGGUGUCUGACCAGCAGGGUCCUGGUUGCUGUCUAUGCUUACUGUGUAAGCUCCUGUGGAUGCUUCGGAGGCCAAGACUCGCCCCGAACUGCCCUGACUUCAGGCUGAUGUUUCCAAGGCGUUUUUGCCCCAAACUCUUUCCCGGACAAGUCGUCCAACCUGUGUAUGUUCUGUGAACAAAAUAAACAUGUU